AUGACUCUCAAUCAACAAAUUGCAACUCUACCUGAUGGAGAAUAUAAAAAGCUUUUUACGGAUGUAGCUGAGCGCCUUAUUGCUUCAAGGUCGUUUCUAUUGGAAGAGCUUUUUAAUAAGUUUGGUGGACCUCUUGAUUUAGCUGAAUCAAUUCAGGUUGUGAAAAACGUGCGCAAGAUCCCAUAUCUUACAAGUACUCAGCUGCGUGUUUCCAUCCUUCAAUACAGGGAUUUAUACUUGGAUAAGCAAAUCCUCGAUGUGUCGGCCAACCCCGAAUUUGCUCUACAAGCAAUUGAAAUUUAUCGCAACUGUAUGUACGACACAAUGGUCCUUUACAUGGCAGUGUUUCCUGAAAACGAAAUUGUGCGACGAGAUCCGGGAGUUGAUCCACGCUGGGAGCAAUGGUCAGCAAACAGUCCAUCUUCUGUUCUAGCUGAGUGGGCAAUCCGUAAUGUUUACCGUCUUCUCGAAUUAAUUGAACGUGCCGAUAUGAAAAGUCAAGUGGAUAUGUCUGCAUUCCCGGUGGAAGAUACAAACUGGGAUUCUGCGGGUAUGAAAGCCAACGUUAAUGGUGGACCUCCUCAACCAGCAGCUGAAAUCUCAAUGUGCGACGAACUAUGUAUCUAUGGAAAUGGAAUAGUGGAGUCACUGAAUGUGCUGCGAUAUUCCUUGAGUCCAAUACUGCUGCCAUUUGUUGUUUCGCAUCGCUCAUCGGUUCAUUUUUCCCGUGCUGUUCGCAUACUGGCAAUUCAUUUAAUUGAUUUCUUCAACAAGUGUAUCUUAUUCUACUUUCCAUAUUCUACUAUCAAUCGACUCUAUGGAUCUAGUCUGCCUCGCCACGAAUACGAAAAAAUUUGCCAUUUGAAUGUUCGCGAUAUUCUGAAUGAAUGUGAUGGUGGCGAAACGAUGAAAGAGAUUCUUCAAACCGAUUUGGAGCCUCCAAAAGUUGAUGAUGAUGUCUUAGAAACUCUUUUAGCCAAGAAAAUACCAAUCGCAGAUUUUUCUAAAUCAGAAGACAAUGAUACAAUGAUACAGACAAUGACUUCUGAGCCGCCUCCCGAAGAUGUUUUGCUGAAUGCUGCGGAAAAUGCUCCAAAUUCAAAACAGCCUGAAACAUUGCAUUUGGGCACAGCUCCAUCAUCCAGUAGCACUACAAUUCCAAACGCUCAUCCUGAUGUCACUAUUGAAUCUACUCAAUUGUCAGAUAUGGACAUUACGGAAACAUCAUCUUUGACUGAAGCUUUGCAGACAGAUUCGACGCCUCUGUCAUCGAUGGAUUUGGUUACGACAUCCAGCGGGCGAAUGGUUCCAACAGAUGUCACCUCCUAUAACACUGCUAGGACGAGCGUUCGUUUUUCAAUUGACGGUGAUGAUAUUAGCGAGACAAACGAUUUGAAGACGCACCACUCUUUCCAGUCGGCUCAUUCACCUUCAAACAUGUCUAUUGCUAAAACGGAUACAUUGCUUGAUGCUGAAAAUAGCCGUGGCCAUAAUAUUUCGAUUGAAAGCGUUGAUGGAAGCGGCUACCAA